AUGGCGCGCGGUCCUAAGAGGCACCUGAAGCGCCUCAAUGCGCCCAAGCACUGGAUGCUGGACAAGCUCGGUGGGAUCUGGGCGCCGCGCCCCUCCACCGGCCCGCACAAGCUGCGGGAGUGCAUGCCGCUCAUCAUCCUGCUGCGCAACAAGCUCAAGUACGCGCUCACCGGCAAGGAGUGCAAGUACAUCCUGAUGCAGCGGCUGAUCAAGGUGGACGGCAAGACGCGGACGGACCUCAAGUACCCCGCCGGCUUCAUGGACGUCAUCUCCAUCGAGAAGUCGGACGAGUACUUCCGGCUGGUCUACGACAUUCGCGGCCGCUUCAACGAGGAGGCUUCGUACAAGCUCGCGCGCGUCAAGAAGCUCGAGAUGGGAGCCGGCGGAGUCCCGUACGUGGUGACGCACGACGGCCGCACCAUCCGCUACCCCGACCCUAACGUCAAG